AUGGCUUCGGACUCUUGUGACAAGAGAUCUUACACUGCAGACGAGCAGAUAAUAGUAGAGUCUGCCUUUGAUGAAACGGCAACAGAUCUCUCCCUUACCCACUUGAAAUCUUUUGAUGAGGUGGCACAUCUUGAAAAUAUGGAAGAAACCCCUUUGGGAAGGCAUAUUGGUUCCUUUGGAGUCGUGAUGAUGCUAGUGCAGAGGAUCAUAGGCUCGGGUAUCUUUGCGGUGUCUGGAUCCAUUUACAGGGACGUUGGAGGCUCACCGUUCCUAUUUUUUUUUGUUUGGCUUUGUGCCGGUUACAUGAGCUUUGCAGGAAUAUUUUGUUUUUUGGAACUUGGUUCUAUAGUCCCUAGAAGUGGAGGUAUGAAGGUCUUUCUCGAGUAUGUCUACUAUAAACCUAGGAUGAUGAUUACUGUUUCCUUUGGUAUAUACUCCAUUUUGUUUGGCUUUGUUAUCACCAAUGCGAUCAUUUUUGGCGAGUACACUCUGUAUGCAUUUGGAUAUGAAGAUAUGGGUUCUCAGAGUCCCAAACAUUUAGGUUUGCUUUUUGUCGUUUUCAUGUGUGUUGUGAAUGGAACCUCGGCACAUCUUGCCGUCAAGCUACAGAAUAUAGUGGGCGUAUUAAAACUAUCGAUGUUAUUCUUGAUGGCUUUAUCCGGGUUAUGGGUGCUUCUUCUACCUCAUUCAAUAACGCAUAUUGAUAACAACGUUCACUUCAGUGACAUAUUUGCAAUCAAGCGUGAAGUGACCCUGGGUUCUUUCUCUUCGGCCCUUCUUAAGGGUAUCUUUUCACUGGGGGGCUGGCAAACGGCGCAUGUGGUAACUAAUGAAAUUCAGAAUCCUGUUAAAACUAUGAAUUUUGCAGCUCCUUUGGCCUUGACUAUCAUCAACGUCUGUUAUUUCUUUAUCAAUCUGAGUUAUUUGGUCGUUAUCCCUGAUGGUGAUUUGAACGAUUUGCAGGAGAUGGUGGGAAGCGUUCUUAUGGAAAAGCUGUUCGGCUAUACGCUGGGUAGGCAAAUUCUUACUUCAACUGUAGCCGUCUCUGCUGCCGGAAACAUUAUGGUGGUCCUUUAUCAUAUUUCAAGAAUGAAUCAAGAGAUCUUUAGGGAAGGAUUUUUACCCUUUAGUCGCUUCUUUGCCUCAAAUCAGCCAUUUGGCUCUCCAAUGAGAUGUCUUCUUUUCCCCUUAGUCAUUUCUGCCGUAUUUUUACUCAUUUCCACUCCCGAUAAUGUUUAUAAUUACGUUAUAGAUUUGGAAGGUUAUUCGUUGCAGAUCUUUGUCGGUCUAGUAUGCUUUGGAAUCUUUGUGAUUCACCACAGACGGCCAGGUUUUCAGCCUAAAUUCAAAGCUAAUCCUGUCCAUGUUAUUUUUGUUACUUUAUUCUCUUUAUUCAUGUUUAUUGCUCCAUUGAAUCCUUUCUCGAAGUCUACGGAAUUUAAAGGAUUUCCUAACUAUGCCUACGUUGCUCUUGGGGUUAUAGUGGUGUGCUGUGUUUACUGGCUUGUCAUGUUCAAAGUGCUGCCAGCAGUGGGACACUAUCAACUCGAGCAGGAGACAGUUCUUCUAAGUGAUGGACUGACAAUGAAGAAGUGGAGCAAAGUUGGCGAUUAUGGCAACCUAGAUGUAGUUUGA